AUGUCUGAGAACGUUUACAUUGUGGCGGCAGCAAGAACCCCGAUUGGAUCAUUCCAAGGAUCGCUAGCCUCGCAAACUUACGUGGACUUGGGGGCACAUGCCGUGAAGGCCGCGUUAUCGCAAGUACCCCAGAUCGACGCCUCCCAGGUCGAUGAGAUUAUUUUCGGGAAUGUGCUCUCUGCAAACGUGGGCCAAGCUCCUGCGAGACAGGUGGCGCUCGCUGCCGGCUUGCCCAAGAGUAUUGUAGCCACCACCGUGAACAAGGUUUGUGCGUCCGGAAUGAAGGCGCUUAUUUUGGCAGCCCAGGCGAUCAAGUGUGGGACCGCAGACAUCGUGGUUGCAGGCGGUGCGGAGUCCAUGACCAACACGCCGUACUACAUGCCAGCGGCGCGUGGCGGUGCGCGCUUCGGAGAGGCGAAGCUCAUCGACGGAAUCCAGCGCGAUGGUCUAAAUGAUGCAUACGACCACCAGGCGAUGGGUGUGCAUGCUGAGAAGUGCGCAUCGGACCAUUCGAUCACGCGUGAGGAGCAGGACAACUUUGCGAUCGAAUCGUACCAGAAGGCCCAAAAGGCCCAUGCAGAGGGCAAGUUUGCAGCCGAGAUCGCGCCAGUGACGAUCAAGGGUGUUAGGGGGAAGCCAGAUGUCACCGUGUCGCAGGAUGAAGAGACCACCAAAUUCAAUGCUGAGAAAUUGAAGGCUGCGAGACCCGUUUUCAAGAAGGAAAACGGGACUGUCACAGCACCAAACGCUUCUCCAAUCAACGAUGGUGGUGCGGCCAUCAUCCUUGUAUCCGAGCGCAAGCUAAAGGAGUUGAACCUCCGCCCAUCCGCUUUGAUUAAGGGUUGGGGUGAGGCUGCCCACGAGCCAGCAGACUUCACCUGGGCGCCCUCCCUCGCCAUUCCAAAAGCAUUGAAGCAUGCAGGGAUCCAGGACAUUAACGAGGUCGACUUCGUUGAGCUAAACGAGGCCUUCUCCGUGGUCGGCUUGGCAAACACCAAGCUUUUGGGCCUGGACCCUUCAAAGGUCAACGUUUACGGUGGUGCAGUGGCCUUGGGCCACCCCCUAGGCUGUUCUGGUGCCCGUAUCAUUGUCACUCUACUCUCCAUUCUACAGCAGGAGGGUGGUAAGGUAGGUGUAGCUGGUAUCUGUAACGGCGGCGGCGGAGCGUCGUCCGUGGUGCUAGCAAAGUUGUAG